AUGGCAAGACUAUCUGGAGUCGAGCGGCCGGACGACAGUGGACUGCGCGAGAGAAAGGCCAAGGCAGUAGAAGAGCCCGUCAAGCAGCCUGUUGAGGGCGCGGAUGGCGCUGCUGCUGCUGCUCAGGCAAAGAAGAAGACCAUCGGCAGGACGCCAGACGGCACUGACAUCCUGGUGCUGUCCAUCAUCGGCCUGCACAUCGUCCUGCUCUACCUGCUGCCAUCCUUCCUGCGCAUCCCCAUAUUUGCCGUGCUCUUCCUCUCAUGGCGCGCUGCGUACAAUAUCGGCAUCGGGUGGCUUCUCCACAUGCAGUCAAACCACUCUACAAUGGUGCUCUGGGCCCGUCAGACAAAGAUAUUCGUCAACCCGGCCACCGGAGACAACCCGCACCCACAGCUAUACAGCUUCAUCAAACGCGAGCUGGAGACCAAGAUACCCGAAGACUACUCAUUUGAAGAUGCGCCGAUAGAGUACAAUACCUGGCUGGUCUUCAGACGGGUUGUCGACCUUAUUCUCAUGUGUGAUUUUACUUCCUACUGCCUCUUUGCGAUUGCAUGUGGCUCCCGGCCUGCAGAGGAGAACUUUUUGGUCCUCAUUCUUCGUUGGGUUGUUGGAUUGGGCCUUGUUCUGUUCAAUCUCUGGGUCAAACUCGAUGCGCAUCGUGUCGUCAAGGAUUUCGCCUGGUACUGGGGUGAUUUCUUCUAUCUUGUUGACCAGGAGUUGACCUUUGACGGCGUCUUCGAAAUGGCCCCCCACCCCAUGUAUUCUGUUGGAUACGCUGGUUACUACGGAAUCUCCCUCAUGGCUGCCAGCUACAAGGUGCUCUUCAUCUCAAUUCUCGCCCACGCAGCCCAGUUUGCCUUCCUUGUCCUGGUAGAGAACCCGCAUAUUGAAAAGACCUACAAUGCGCCUCCACCACGAAAGAGAACCAUUGAAUCUCAUGCUGGACUUGCCGGGGAGGAGAAAUCCAGCCGCAGGCCAUCUGAAAGCAGUGAAAUGGUUCCCCCUCCGUCUCCUGUGGCUCUGCCUUCUUCAACCCAUAAUCUCGUCGGUGUCAAGAACCUCGAUCUCCACCGUAUCACUGAUUCCUCCAUCAUCCUGAUCCAGGUUCUCUUCUUUGCUCUUACCAUGCUUACCCCAUCCACACCCAUAUAUCAGUUCUUUUUCGUCUUAAACGCUGCCAUCUGGCGACUCUGGUACUCCGUUGGCAUCGGUUACAUCCUCAACUGCCAAUCCCACCGCCGAGAAUGGACCAGACACUUCGUCAAGUUUGGAGAAACCAAGGAAGAAGCCUGGAACCAGUGGAAAGGAACAUACCAUCUUAGCAUGACCCUCUGCUACGCCAGUUUCAUCGCCGCCGCCUGGAAAAUGUACACUCUCCCGGAAAACUGGGGAUACGGUCUUGCCAUCCUCAAACACGUCCUUGGUGCCGGCCUGAUUGCACUCCAGAUAUGGACCUCCGUCAGCAUCUACGAUUCCCUGGGCGAGUUUGGCUGGUUCUUCGGUGACUUCUUCUUCGACGAGGCGCCCAAGUUGACGUACAGUGGUAUCUACCGCUUCCUCAACAACCCGGAACGUGUCCUUGGUCUCGCGGGUGUCUGGGGUGCCGCACUCAUUACCAGCAGUCGAGCCAUGAUCUUCCUCGCCCUGCUCAGCCAUACCCUCGGAAUCGCAUUCAUCCAACUCGUCGAACGCCCACACAUGCAGAAACUAUACGGCCGUGGACUCCGACAGGACGCCGGCUUGGUACGCAGCAUCAAACGCUCGCUUCCUCCCUCGUUCAAACAAUUGCACGGCAGCGUCGAUCGGAUCCUGGACGAAUCAAUCGAGUUCAUCGAGGAAGUCCUCGACACCGCACGACCAAAGCUGGCUGCCGGCGUCACCACCUUCGUCAAGGAUACCAGUGAGCUAUUCCACAAGUACCCUGCUCGCAUCACCAUCACCCGUAUCGAACCUGAUCUUGCUGGCUACGACAUGAACGACUACUCCAUCAACGUCGACACAUCCGACUGCAUCACCAUCCGGGACGGCGCGGAAGACAAAUCCGAAGUGCUCGUCUUCGAAUACGGUUCCCCGAUCAAAGUUAACUGGACUGCACCAUUGAACCAUAGCAAAAGGGACUGGGUAGGCCUGUACAUGAUUGGCCAAAACCCGUCUCGUGAAGUCACCAAUGUUUCCUCCUGGGGUCGAUGGGUAGCUACUAACCAUGGCUCCUUUGACUCCGUACUUAGCGAAAAGGGCCUAAUAGCAAGUGAUGUCGUCGUUUCAAAACCCGGCACAUCCAACACCAGCAAGAAACCAUCCGCUAAGUCAAGUUCGGGUAAAAAGUCCUCCACCUCCUCCUCCUCUCACGAAGUAGCUUCCGGCCAAAUGGUUUUCUCUGGCGACAAGCUAUGGUGGACCCAAGGCGUAUUUGAAUUCCGAUACCACCAUAACGGCAAGCAUAAUGUCAUGGCUACUUCGCGACCAUUCGAGAUCCGUAUACCCAAGUUUGAUGACGGACAAAUCCCAUCCCACGUUUCUAGCAAUGGUAACGGUUUCAUGACUACAGCAAUCGAACAGGCCCUUCUACCCAUUGUGCAGAACUGCUUUGAUAGAGAUCCGGAGAUCUCGCCGCAGACUGCCGAGGAGCCUUUCGGAUGUGAGACCGAAGGUGAUCUUAAGUAUGCUAAGAGGGUUGUGUAUGCUGUUCAUCAGAUGUUUGGAAUUGAAUUCGCUACUGAGGUUGUUCGCGCCGAUGGCAAUGUGCAGAACCUCGCAUGGAGGAUAUGCAAUGCAAAGAAAGUUUUGGCACCCUAUAGCAUGAGAAAAUCAAACGGCGCCAGCACACCAACUGGUGAAUCCGAAGAAAUGAAAUAG